CGAGGUUGGAAUUGUGAAUUGAACUUUGAUUUGGUGAUGAAUUUGUCAAAAUUGGAUGUGGAUAACUUUGAUUGAGAAAUUUGGGAUGUUGUGUAGGAUUGCAAGAUAGUAGUGUAUGAAUGGACAGGAAAGUGUAGGAGUUGCCAGGGCUCAGGAUACGCUAGUUAUUAUAAUAAAAGAGGGAAGGAAAAUGUCUGCAAAUGCAUACCUUGCCAAGGAAUCGCAUAUAAAGAUUGCACGAGAACACCCAAUUUCCACCAUCUCAUAUUGAAGGCUAUCUGGAGAGUUCCAUCAAAACUUGAGUCUGGUAUUUCCUCCGAUAAGCUGAGACAGAUAUGUCGAACGUGAGCUUCCUUGAUUUCCAGUAUAACCUUUCAAAAAGGAAGUUUCUGCGCAAACCAACUCGAUUGUUUUCCUCCCGGGACAGACAAAACUCUGGCUUAACACCUACUUUUGAGCCAAAUCUCAAUGAGAUGAAGCGGGUCUUUGAGAAAUUUGACACCAACAAGGAUGGGAAGAUAUCUCAGCAGGAUUACAAGACAAUAUUGAGAGCACUUGGAAAGGAAAGCAUGGUUGGAGAAGUGCCAAAGAUAUUCAAGAUUGUUGAUUUGGACGGGGAUGGGUUUAUUAACUUCAAGGAGUUCAUGGAAGUGCACAAGAAGGCAGGUGGGGUGAGGACAAUCGACAUCCAGAAUGCUUUCCAAACAUUUGAUCUGAAUGGGGAUGGAAAAAUAAGUGCGGAAGAAGUUAUGGAAGUGCUGAAGAGGCUGGGAGAGAGGUGCAGCCUCGAAGAAUGCCAGCGAAUGGUUAGAGCGGUAGACACCGAUGGUGAUGGUAUGGUCGACAUGGACGAGUUCAUGACUAUGAUGACCCGAUCCAUGCGACGUACUUAGAAACAUUCGAUGUGUGUCUGCAACUCUGCGUGUUUCUGUUCCUGUGUGUAAAACAGUUUGCUGUAUAAUUUGCUAUCUGUAGCUAAUGAUGGCCCUGAUCUUUGUUUGUCAACGGAAUAAUUAUGCUUCUUUUUCCUUUUUAUGAACCAAUUCGCUCAAUUAGAAUA